AGGCUUGCACCCCAGGGCUCGUCCUCAAAGCCUCCUCAGUUGUCGACCUGGAAGGCACCCAGCGGCAGCAGCGGAGGCAGCGCCCCGUUAGCUCGGCAUCGCGAAGCAUCCGCAGCCGCCACCAGGCCCCGCCCAGCGGCAGCGGCGAGCAAGGCCGCGCCAGGGACGACUGCAGAGCGCGCCUUUUCCAGGUGUCUGACUUAAUCCGCCUCCAGAGCCGGAUCUUUCUCCGUCGGGGUCCUCAGCUACGACCGCUGCCAUGCCGGUGACAGUAACCCGCACGACCAUCACGACCACCACCACGUCGUCCUCAGGCCUGGGCUCCUCGACCAUCGUGGGGUCCCCUCGGGCACUGACCCAGCCUCUGGGCCUCCUCCGCCUGUUGCAGCUGAUCUCCACCUGCGUGGCCUUCUCGCUGGUGGCCAGCGUGGGCGCUUGGACGGGACCCAUGGGUAACUGGUCCAUGUUCACCUGGUGUUUCUGCUUCGCCGUGACCCUCAUCAUCCUCAUAGUGGAGUUAGCCGGGCUCCAGCCCCGCUUCCCCCUGUCCUGGCGCAACUUCCCCAUCACCUACGCCUGCUACGCCGCCCUCUUCUGCCUCUCGGCCUCCAUCAUCUACCCCACCACCUACGUCCAGUUCUUGCCUCACGGCCGCUCCCGGGACCACGCCAUCGCCGCCACCGCCUUCUCCUGCAUCGCCUGCGUGGCUUAUGCCACCGAAGUGGCCUGGACCCGGGCCCGGCCCGGCGAGAUCACUGGCUACAUGGCCACGGUGCCGGGGCUGCUCAAGGUGCUGGAGACCUUUGUGGCCUGCGUCAUCUUCGCCUUCAUCAGCAGCCCCUACCUGUACCAGGACAAGCCGGCCCUGGAGUGGUGCGUGGCCGUGUACGCCAUCUGCUUCAUCCUGGCGGCCGUGGCCAUCCUGCUGAACUUGGGCGACUGCACCAAUAUGCUCCCCAUCCCCUUCCCCAGUUUCCUGUCGGGGCUGGCCCUGCUCUCCGUCCUCCUCUACGCCACCGCUCUUGUCCUCUGGCCGCUCUACCAGUUCGACGAGAAGCAUGGCGGCCAGCCCCGGCGGUCGCGGGAUCUGAGCUGCAGCAACAGGCAUGCCUACUACGUGUGCGACUGGGACCGCCGCCUGGCUGUGGCCAUCUUGACGGCCAUCAACCUGCUGGCCUAUGUGGCCGACCUGGUGUACUCGGCCCGCCUGGUUUUCGUCAGGGUCUGAGGCUCUGACCUGGGGCUCCUGAUUCCCUGCUCUCUCCGACGUCCUCUUCCUGGCUGCCCGCUGUCCCCCCCUGCUCAUUGCCUCCCCAAUUCAUCUCGCUCUCUUUUCUGUUUCCUUCACUCCCUCUCUCCCUUCCAGGUUGCUGUCUCCUUUCCUUCCUGUUUUGUUUGGUUGCCCACAUCCUGUUUUGCCUCCAUUUUGCCUCUUUUUCUGCUGUCUUGCUUUCUACCUGUGCUUUUCGGCUCUUUUCUGAUCGUCCUGUUUGUUUUCUCAUCUGCCUGUUUCUUGACCAUCUGUUCCCAUGUUCCUUCUUCCGAUUUCCUCGGGAGCCCUGCGACUUCUUUCUUCUCCUGCCCCACCUCCAAAGGUGCUGAGCUCCACAUCCCAUACACCCCUCUUCGCAGCUGUUCAUGCCCUAGGCCUCCCGAGGGGCCUCAUUGCCAAAGCAUGCCUGCCCGCCCUGGCUGUGCCUUAGUGGGUGUGUGUGUAUGUGUUUGGGGGUGGGGUGGGUAGCUAGGGAUUGGGCCCCUGUUCUCCCAGUGGAGGGGGGGUGUACAGUGCACCUCCUCUUUAAGUUAAAAGAAAGUCUCUGGAGGUCAAUCAUUUCCAGUGGGCGGAGGCUUAAAGCACAGACCCUGGGUCCCUAGGCUCCGCCUGGUGCUCAGCCUCGCCUGAGAUUGGCUCCAGAAUUUCUGCCAGGCUCAC